AUGGAGCUACGGUCAGGGCGCCGCCUGAUGCCUCUGGAGAACACGGGAGCCUCCUGUGGGCCUCCCCAGCCCAAGAGGAGGCGUCAAGACCCCAAUGAGAAAGUGUGCAGGCUGUGCCAGAGAGCAGAUGCAGACCCCAUGGUGGUUGGAGAGUUAUGUCGUCAGGACAGGCUCUCUGUCCAUGAGAACUGCCUGUACCAUGCCAGUGGGCUGACCCAGAGGGGAGCUGACGACGAGGGCUUCUACGGCUUUCUCCUCCCUGACAUCCAACAGGAGAUAAAGCGGGGUGGCAACGAAGGCGAGUCUUGGGGGGGCACAUGUCCCCACCGUGCCUCCAUCUUCCUUCCUUCAAAAAGGCCCAUUUCUGUGGAAAUGGGGGAUUUGGAAAGGACGGAUGUCUUUAUCUGUGGCCCAGUGUCACCGGCCAGGUGGCCACUGAUGCAUGGCAGGGUUGUGCUGGGUGAAACGGGCUCCCCGAGGUGCUGCUUCUGCCACCAGCCGGGCGCCUCGGUCACCUGCCGGGGUCGGCUGCAUCGCUCAUCCGGCUGGAGCCACAGGCGCCGCUGCUCCCGCACCUUCCAUUUCCCCUGUGGGAGGGAGGGAGAGUGCAUCUCCCAGUUCUUUGGGGAGUACAAGUCCUUCUGCUCGAAGCACCGGCCGGUACAGCGGCUGCGGGGAAUGCAGCAGCACCGGACCCCCUGCCUCUUCUGCCUGGAGCCAGUGUCGGAGCAGCCCUGUUUUGACACCCUGGUGUGUCCUGCCUGCGCCAGCGCCUGGCUCCACCGCAGCUGUAUCCAGGCAAUGGCGCUGAGCUCAGGCCUGCACCUCUUCCGCUGCCCGCACUGCCGAGACACGGAGCAGUUCCUGCCCGAGAUGUUGCGGCUGGGGAUAAAAAUCCCCAACAGAGAAGCUUCCUGGGAGCUUGAGAUCUUUGAGGACUUUGGCCCAGGACAACCAGAGCGUCCAGGAACUUUGGCCUUCCAGGAUUUUGAAGAUCACCAGCCCUGGAAACUUCUGCUCUGCAGCUACUGUGGCUCCCGUGUAACCCACCAGUUCUGUGCCACCCUGGGAGAAGAUGCUAACUCCUGGGAGUGCAGUGACCACAGUGACACAGGCACUGGAUACCUGCCCUAG